AUGUCCGACCAAUUUUCAGAGUUGAGCAAUGAUGAGCUUCGACAAGAAUUGAUCAAAAAUGGUUUAAAUUUAUUAAAAUUUACUAAUCUCUUUUUAAUAAAAAUAGGCAUUCCUUUUGGACCGAUUGGAUCAACAACACGAAAAGUCUAUGAGAAGAAAUUGCAAAAUCUUCUGGAAAAUGGAGUCGAACCUUUGAUUGCAAAUAAUGAGACUGGAAUUACUAAUGGUGGUGGACAUGAAGCUGUGGAUACAAUUGAUUUCUCAAACGAUAAUGGUCACACGCCGAGUCGGGAAGUUAGUCCAGUUCUUGUGCAACACACAAAUGGAGUGACGGCAAGUCCUCAACAUCGAGAGGGAAGUGCCAGACCUGGUGCUGAGAAUGAUAGUGACAAUGAAGAGGAUUCUUGUGAAAGUGCUAGAAUACUCUCGCCAGAUGAGGCUCGUGCAUUCCGUUUGAAAUUCAAUCCACCAUCUGACAACGGUUCUUACACUGGGGUUUAUCGCCGUCGAGGAGUUGACGAUCGACGUUUGACACCAGCCAAAACACCACCUCCACCGAGCAAAGGAAAAUCUUUUCGUCGUGUGGCUUUGGGAAUGUUCAUCGCUUUUGUUAUGCUGAGUUCUGUUGGGAUUCUCGUAUAUUUGGCUUUUGGACCAGAAAUGAAAAAUGCUUUGGAACGUUUCGAUUUCUCUGUGUUCUAUGCAUCGCUGACUGGAGGGAAACAAAGUAAAGAACCUGUUAUUUCUUCAAAUAAAGGAAAUUAA